AGGAUAGUUGAGCGAUUACGUAAAUGUCCCGCGACACGAGCUCGUGCCUCUUCGUGAGCUACGCGAGGCGCACAAAACAAUUGUCGAGUACUAGCGAUAUUUUGGAGCUCAGAGAAAAAACGUUGCGUUUGAAAACAAACAACAGCUUGUGGAAAUGACCGUCUGCAACUUUUUUCUUCAGGGACGGUGUCGUUACGGCGACAAAUGUUGGAAUGAGCACCCGAGAGGAGGAAAUAGUAGUAAUACUACUAGAGGAGGAGGUGGAGGAGGAGGAGGAGGAGGAGGUGGUGGAGGAGGAUACAACAACAACAACAACUACAACCGAGCUCCUGCUCAGCAGCAACCUAGAGGAGGAGGAGGAGGAGGAGGAGGAGGAGGAGGGUUUGGAAACAGAGUUUGGGUGAAUCCUUCCCAGCAAAAAGUUGGCUAUAUCCAGCCUUCAUCUUUCUCCUCUCAUGGAACUGAGGAGUGGGGUCGAGGAGGAGUCGGAAGUGGAGGAGCUGACUGGGGUCAAGAAGGAGCCGGAGGUGGAGGUGGGGGAGCUGACUGGGGUAGAGGAGGAGGUGGAGGAGGAGGAGGAGCUGACUGGGGCCGAGGAGGAGGAGGAGGAGGAGGAGGAGGAGGAGGAGGCGGCGGCGGCGGAAAUGACUGGGGCCGAGGAGGGAGACGUGAUAACGUGAAGAGCUCCGAAUACAGCUUCUCUGCUCAAAACCGAUUUUCAACGCUUGCUACUCCCAGCACCUUUGACAGGGGAGGAGGAGGAGGACAGCAGGUGCCACCUGGUGAAGAAGAUGAUGACAAAAAACUGGAGAUCAUUCAGAUGGACAUGGACAUUUGGGAGAGUUCAGGGCAGUGGGGCUUCUCGUGUUAUUCCAGCUUCAAGGCACCUUUAUCUGGUUUCACUGAUCUUUCUCCAGAAGAGCUCAGGCUGGAGUAUUACUCCACAAGAGCUUCAGGAGAUCUGCAGGGCUAUGUUAACGGUAUCAGUCAGUUGCUCAACCAAUGGAGAAGCAGAGUCCAGGAACUAAAGGUUAUGAAUCCAGCCACGCGCGCAGCUUUGCUUGCAGAGAUAAACAACCCAGCACCUCAGGCAUCUUCAAGUGGAUUCGGUUCAGCGACAGCGACUGGAUUUGGAUCCUCUGCAUCCGGCUUUGAAAGCAAAGGCUUCGGGGCUCCAGCUCCAGCACCGGCCCAGGCCAACACUUUCAGCUUUGCUGAUCCAAGUGGUGGAUUUGGUUCUUCGGCUGCACCACCCUCCUCCGCAGGUUUUGGCAGUGCCGUAGCAGCUCCUACGCAACCUCCCUCUGGAUUUGGUUCCUCCACUGCGGCCGACGCUCCUUCUUCUUUCUCCUUUGCGGCUCCGCCAGCCAACAAGCCAGCAGCCACUUCAGGAUUUGGCUCUGCCUCUGGGUUCAGUUUCUCCUCGACGCCGAACAACGCAGGAGGAUUCGGUAGCAGUUUCGGGGCCGAAGCCCCUGCUGCAGCAGGAAGCAACAGUAGUUUUGGACAGGCGAGUGGAGGGUUUGGGACGGCUGCUGCUCCACCUACAGCAGGAGCCGGGUCUGCCGGUGGGGCAUCAGACAGUCUGUUUUCACACAAGAGCAAAAUGACUCCAGAGGAACUGAAUCAGUUCAAGGCCAAGAGGUUUACUCUAGGUCAGAUUCCUUUAAAGCCUCCCCCUGCUGACAUGCUGGUGGUAUGAUGGAAAGGACUUUUGAAAUAAAGAGAUAAUUUAUACAAAGUGAAGUUGUUCUGCAUAGUGUGUCUGUUUAAAUCAAAGUAAUUCUACUAUUUUUAAGAUAUGGAUAAUGUUUAAAUACUUCAGAUCCAUUCUCGCUUUGGUUCCAUUUAAGAUGUUUGUCAUAUAAAGUGCUAUUUUCAAUUGAUUGAUUGAAUGUAUUCAAGGAUUUUUCUGAAUCUGUUCACCAACUUGUACAUUUCCCGUUUGUUGAGAUGCUGACAGUAAACUGAUCAGUGGACGA